AAAACAAAAACAGAAACAGAGCACACUAAAGAGAAACCAAGUUUUCUAAAAAAUGGAGCUAGAAUCUUCUCCUCCUCUACCUCCUCUACCUCCUCAUGUCAUGCUCGUAUCAUUCCCAGGGCAAGGCCACGUUAAUCCACUUCUUCGUCUCGGCAAGCUCUUAGCUUCAAAGGGUUUACUCAUAACCUUCGUCACUACAGAGUCAUGGGGCAAAAAGAUGCGAAUCUCCAACAAGAUCCAAGACCGUGUCCUCAAACCGGUUGGUAAAGGCUAUCUCCGGUACGAUUUCUUUGACGACGGGCUUCCUGAAGACGACGAAGCUAGCAGAGCCGACUUAACCAUCCUCCGACCACAUCUAGAGCUCGUCGGCAAAAGAGAGAUCAAGAACCUCGUGAAACGUUACGCGGAAGUAAUGAAACAGCCCGUAACAUGUCUCAUCAACAACCCUUUCGUCUCUUGGGUCUGUGACGUGGCAGAAGAUCUUCAAAUCCCUUGUGCUGUUCUUUGGGUUCAGUCUUGUGCCUGCUUAGCUGCUUAUUACUAUUACCACCACAACCUAGUUGACUUCCCGACAAAAACAGAACCCGAGAUAGAUGUCCAAAUCCCUGGCAUGCCUCUCUUGAAACCCGACGAGAUCCCUUCUUUCAUUCACCCUUCAAGUCCUUAUUCCGCUUUGCGAGAAGUGAUCAUAGACCAGAUCAAACGGCUUCACAAGACUUUCUCUAUUUUCAUCGACACUUUCAACUCCUUGGAGAAAGACAUCAUCGACCACAUGUCAACUCUCUCUCUCCCCGGCGUUAUCAGACCGCUCGGACCGCUUUACAAAAUGGCUAAAACCGUAGCUUCUGAUGACGUCAAAGGAAACAUCUCUGAGCCAACGGAUCCUUGCAUGAAAUGGUUAGACUCGCAGCCUGUUUCCUCCGUUGUUUACAUCUCAUUCGGGACCGUUGCUUACUUGAAACAAGAACAGAUAGAUGAGAUCGCGUACGGUGUGUUAAACGCUGACGUUACGUUCUUGUGGGUGAUUAGACAACAAGCGUUAGGUUUCAACAAAGAACGACAUGUUUUGCCGGAAGAAGUUAAAGGGAAAGGGAAGAUCGUUGAAUGGUGUUCACAAGAGAAAGUGUUGUCUCAUCCUUCGGUAGCAUGUUUCGUGACUCAUUGUGGAUGGAACUCAACGAUGGAAGCUGUGUCUUCCGGAGUCCCAACGGUUUGUUUCCCUCAGUGGGGAGAUCAAGUCACGGACGCAGUUUACAUGGUCGAUGUCUGGAAGACGGGAGUGAGGCUUGGCCGUGGAGAGGCGGAGGAGAGGUUGGUACCGAGGGAGGAAGUGGCGGAGAGGCUGAGAGAGGUUACUAAAGGAGAGAAAGCAAUCGAGCUGAAGAAGAAUGCUUUGAAGUGGAAGGAAGAGGCGGAGGCGGCGGUGGCUCGCGGUGGAUCGUCGGAUAGGAAUCUUGAAAAGUUUGUGGAGAAGUUGGGUGCCAAACCUGUGGGGAAAGUACAAAAUGGGAGUCAUAAUCAUGUUUUGGCUGGAUCAAUCAAAAGCUUUUAAAAAUUCAUUUAAGUUUUUUGGUUUUUUUGUCUUUGGUUUCUGCGAAUCCUUAAUUGUGUUUGUAUGCAUUCUCCCAUUGCGUUCUUUGUUUCU